AUGGGAAAAUCUGAGAAAAGAGUUGCACCCCAUGGAAUCAGAUGCUUUUCCAAGAUCAAGGUGUUUAUGUUGGCAUUAACAUGAGCAUAUGUAUCCAAAUCACUAUCAGGAACUUACAUGAAUUCCAUGCUCACACAAAUAGAGAAGCUAUUUGGUAUCCCCACAUCUAUAGUUGGGCUUAUCAGUGGCAGCUUUAAUAUAGGAAACCUUCUGUUAAUUAUAUUUGUGAGUUAUUUUGGAACAAAACUGCACAGACCUAUCAUGAUUGGUGUUGGAUGUGCAGUUAUGGGCUUGGGGUGUUUUUUAAUAUCACUACCUCAUUUCCUCAUGGGCAGAUACGAAUAUGAAACAGCAAUUUUACCUACAAGCAACUCAUUCUCAAACAGCUUCCUGUGUAUGGAAAACAGAUCCCAGACCUUAAAGCCAACACAAGACCCAGCAGAGUGUGUGAAAGAAAUGAAAUCAUUAAUAUGGAUAUAUGUACUGGUAGGAAAUAUUAUACGUGGAAUUGGUGAGACUCCCAUUAUGCCUUUGGGUAUUUCCUACAUAGAAGAUUUUGCCAAAUCUGAAAACUCUUUUUUAUACAUUGGGAUUGUAGAAACAGGAAUGACCACUGGCCCUUUUAUUGGACUUCUGUUGGGAUCUUACUGUGCAAACAUUUAUGUAGACACUGGGUCUAUGAAUUCAGAUGACCUGACCAUAUCUGCCACAGAUUCACGUUGGGUCGGUGCUUGGUGGAUUGGGUUUUUGGUCUGUGCAGGAGUAAAUAUUCUGAUCAGCAUUCCCUUUUUCUUCUUUCCAAAAACACUCCCAAAGGAAGGAUUACAGGAUAAUAUGGACAGAACUGAAAAUGCCAAAGAGAAGCAGCACAGAGCAAAAGCCAAGGAAGAAAACCGAGGAUUCACUAAAGAUUUCUUUCUGUUUAUGAAGAGCCUCUCCUGCAAUCCAAUUUACAUGCUUUUCAUCCUUGCGCGUGUGAUGCAGACCAAUGCAUUUAUCUCUUCAUUUACCUUCAUGCCGAAGUAUCUGGAACAGCAAUAUGGAAAAUCCACUGCCGACAUAGUCUUCCUCAUGGGUCUUUACAUGUUACCUCCAAUAUGCCUUGGAUAUUUACUUGGUGGUUUGAUGAUGAAGAAAUUCAAGAUUACUGUCAAGAAAGCUGCAUACAUAGCAUUCUGUCUAUCCCUGUUUGAGUACCUUAUAUUUUUUGUUAACUAUAUAAUAACCUGUGAUAAUUUUCCAGUUGCUGGCUUAACUACCUCUUAUGAAGGAAUUCAGCACUCUCUAUAUGUGGAGAAUAAUAUCCUUGCUGACUGCAACACAAAGUGUAGCUGCUUAACAAAAACAUGGGAUCCAGUGUGUGGGGACAAUGGCCUAGCAUACAUGUCAGCCUGCCUCGCCGGCUGUGAGAAGUCCAUUGGAACUGGAACCAACAUGGUGUUUCAAAAUUGCAGCUGCAUCCAGUCAUCAGGAAAUUCAUCUGCAGUUUUGGGGCUGUGUAACAAGGGUCCUGACUGUGCUAACAAGCUGCAGUACUUUUUAAUCAUAUCAAUAAUUGGCUGCUUCAUCUUCUCACUGGGAGCAAUGCCUGGGUUUAUGGUUUUUCUCAGGUGUAUGAAGUCCAAAGAGAAGUCACUUGGAAUAGGAUUACAUGCAUUUUGCAUGAGAAUUUUAGCUAGCAUUCCGGCACCGAUUUAUACUGGUGCUUUGAUAGACAGAACUUGUUUACAUUGGGGAACUCAGAAAUGUGGUGAGCCAGGGGCAUGCAGGAUGUAUGAUAUUAAUAGCUUCAGGUAA